UGGCGGUAAUGCUCCAUUAGGCUGAAUGCCAACUACCGUAAACACAAAAAGGGAGAAGAAGCCGAAGACGAAGAAGAAGAAGAAACAGUUAGCAGGCUUGCUAAUGCUCAGAGGCGGCGACAUCAUUAUCAGGAUAUCCUCACUAUGAGCUAUGCAGAGAAACCAGACGACAUAACGAGAGACGAAUGGAUGGAUAAGCUCAACAAUGUUCAUAUCCAGAGAGCUGAUAUGAACAGACUUAUUAUGAACUAUUUGGUGACAGAGGGCUUCAAGGAAGCGGCAGAGAAGUUCAGAAUGGAGUCCGGGAUUGAGCCAAGUGUAGACCUGGAGUCCCUGGAUGAAAGAAUUAAGAUCAGAGAAAUGAUCUUAAAAGGACAGAUUCAGGAUGCAAUUUCGCUGAUCAACAGUCUUCAUCCAGAACUGCUGGAUACUAAUCGCUACCUUUACUUUCACUUACAGCAGCAGCAUCUCAUUGAGCUCAUUCGCUUGAGAGAGACUGAAGCUGCGCUUGAAUUUGCCCAGUCUCAGUUAGCAGAGCAGGGGGAGGAGAGUCGUGAAUGUCUGACUGAGAUGGAAAGGACACUGGCACUGCUGGCAUUCGAUAACCCCGAGGAGUCACCUUUUGGAGAUCUGCUCAACAUGAUGCAGAGACAAAAGGUUUGGAGUGAAGUGAAUCAGUCUGUGCUCGACUAUGAAAACAGGGAAUCAACACCCAAGUUGGCCAAACUCCUGAAGCUGCUGCUCUGGGCUCAAAAUGAACUUGACCAAAAGAAAGUCAAGUAUCCCAAAAUGACAGACCUUAGUAAGGGAACCAUCGAAGAGCCAAAAUAAGGCACAGAUUUAAAGCAUAUGGACACAUUUCCCGUAUCUAUUUAUACCCCACACAAUGAUGAUAUUACAUCCUUUUUUGAAAGGGUUGUUUUCCCACAUUAACAGUGGAAUGAGCAGAAUGAACUGGAGUGAUGCAAUUUCAAAAUGACCUGUAACUAAACAAACAUGCAUUAUUUACAUGGCGUUAACAUUUUAUAUGUAAAUGUUAGCUAAAUGACAUUAGUAAUUUUUUUUUUUUGCAUAUUUACAUUGUACACUAGUUUUUUUUUCUGUCUGUCGGCAGGGAAAGUUGCUAAUAGAAGGUGUAAUUAAGGCCUAAAUUAGGCUGCCAGUCUGCGUGUGACAAUUUAGGUAUGUUUUUAAGUGAAAUGUUUAUCUCUGUGUCCUCACUAAAAGCUUAAGCUGGGUACACACGUAAAGAUGCUGUAAUUCUAAAGAUGAAACAUCAGCUCAUUUUGAUCAUUAUGUGUAAAAUAAUAUCAGCUCAGCACACUAUGAUGAUUAUGUCCCACUACAAACCAAUCCAGCCUAAAAUUAAACAAAAGAAUAAUCGUAAUAAGAACAAGUUCAAUACUUAGGAUUGUGGGACCUGAUCUGUUUUGGAGCCAAUUAUUGGGACAAAUUCACUCUUGACACACCUCAGAACACAGGACAGUCUUAUAAGACAUAAUACGAUCAAAAGAGAGAAAAGCCUGUCUUUAAGUGUGUACCAAGCUUUAACUAUGUCAAUGAGACAGCCUGAGGCAAAAGAAGAUAUUAUUUCAAAUGCCAAUGAGUUGAUCAGCUCCUGAAGACAAAAGGACACAUGGAUGUGUUAUUUACAUAAGGGGAAAAGGCUGCUCUUUUGCUAUUUCUUGUGUACUUUUAUUCGCUUUCAUUUUAUUUAGCAAUAAAAGCGAGUUUUACAAUUUUACUAAA